CACCCCUUUGAAUAAAACUUUUUUUUUUUAUCAACAUGUCCAACAAACGCUCAUAUAUUAUCGAACAUAUGGAAGACGCCAUGCAUGAAUGGUGUGCUUUGGAAUAUAAACAUAUGCUUCAAAAUAUUGGACCAGAUCACUUGUACUUUACUUCUUUAACUGACAAGUGUCUAAAUGAAGGCAUGCCUGAAGAGCUUAGAUCUGCUCAAUGUUACCAAUUGGACGUGUUAAACUUGCCUGGUGUCAAGAAGGAAGAGAUCUGUCUGUUGGAUCCAGGAGCAAAAUCAGAAUUAAAGCCUGAGGACGGAGAAAAGUUCAAAUACUUUUUGUUUGGUGGUAUCUUGGGAGAUCAUCCUCCAAGAGAUCGCACUGGAGAAUUACGUAAACUGGGAUUUGAAGGUAGACGUCUUGGACCACUUCAAAUGACGACAGAUACAGCUGUCAAUGUGACCAAGAUGAUUGUUGAAGAUAAAGUUCCAUUUGAGGAAAUACCAUUUAUUGAUUAUCCUGAAAUUCGAUUCUCACGUACUGAGUCAGUGACGAUGCCUUUUAGAUACAUUGCAGAAUUGAAGACGAUCACAACAAAGGAAGGAGAAGAGAAAACGAUCAAAAAGCCUUUGAUGCCUCCUGGAAUGAUGGAAUUGUUAAAAAAGGAUAAUGAAAUGUCACUUGAUUUUUAAUAUAUUUGCAGUUAGUAUAAACGUUCUUGUCUUUUUGAUUUCACGCUUAAUAAACUUGAGCUUCAGCCCCAGAAAAUUAU